AAGAAUGGGCGAUUGUGAAGAUAAAAUGGAUUAUGCAGUGUGUGCCAUUAUAUUAGCGUCGCAGGAAAAAGAAGAGGAAAACAAACGGCGUAGAAAGCGGGGGCCUACCAGAAGAUGGAUAAAAAGGCGAGCACAUAAAGGAGCCUUCUUAAAUGUAAAUCAGGAGUUGAGAGGCGAGGAUCCAACUUCAUACAAGAGGUGGCUGCGUGUAACAGAAGAACAGUUUGACCAUCUUUUGCACGAAAUCUCCCCCCGAAUUCAGAAGCAAAAGACAAAGUUUGGGGAGCCAAUAUCUGCAGCUGAGAGGCUCACCAUUACGCUCCGGUAUCUAGCCACAGGAAAUACAUUCAGAGACUUAUCGUGGGAGUUUCGAAUUGGCGAAAGAACCGUAUCAUAUAUCAUCUUGGAAACAUGUGCAGCUCUUUAUGAAUUCUUGAAGUACACAUUUGAAGUGCCAACAUCAAAAGAGCAUUGGAGAGCUGUUUCCAAGCAAUUUCUAGAUCGGUGGAAUGUGCCACAUUGUUUGGGGGCCAUUGAUGGAAAAUAUAUUGUGAUAAGGAAGCUGAUCAACAGUGGUUCCCAUUACCACAAUUAUAAAGGAACAGAAUCUAUUGUCCUUUUAGCAGUUGUGGAUGCUAAUUAUAAAUUUCAGUACAUUGAAGUGCAGUAGGUAAGAAUUAAUUUAAUUAUACCAAGGGCUUAAAGCAUGUUCUUCAUUUUGAUUUUCUAGAUAUAUUGAU